CCUUUACGGCAAAACGAGAGAAGAAGGCGGGGGCAGAAAGGGGCAAACAUGGCAGCGUACACGAGAAGCGUGUUAUGUGUUGUUUCUACGGAGCGACAUGCUUUUCUAACAAGGGGAAGCGGUAUUGUUGUGGAAGCCAGGCGGUAUGUACGCGGACUGAGGAGGAAACCUGUCAAAGUGUUGUUUCCCGACAACCAGGCGGAUAAAACCAUCAAGCCGAGGCCACAGUCUCAAAAGGAGGCAAACAACAACAACCCGGCUGCAGCAAGACGUCUGGAGGAAAGAGACUUUGUCAAGGCGACGAGUAAUGUGCAGUCAGCUGGUAAACACGUUUCUGCUGCAAAGGAUCAGGUUGAUGGGCUGCGCUUCGAGAGGGCUUUCCCUGGAGAUAAAAGACUGGCGAGGUUAGCGAGUGUUGCUCGAUCCAGGACGUUUCGGGAGCACCAGGGUAAAAUCCUCCUGGAGGGCAGGCGUUUGAUCUGCGAUGCCCUGGAUGCCGGUGCCAAUCCACAGAUGGUGUUUUUCAGUACAGUGGAUCGGCUCAGAGAGCUGCCUGUAGCCAAGCUAAAAAGGGCCACGCUAGUCAAAGUCAAGUUCGAGGACAUCAAGCUCUGGUCUGACGUUGUGGCUCCACAAGGAGUGAUCGCCAUAUUUUCUCGCCCGGACCCGUCACGGUUGAACUUCGCAAAUAGAGGUCAUUCGGUGCCGUUGUCCCUGAUAUGCGAUAACAUCAGAGACCCUGGCAACCUUGGGACUAUGCUGCGCUGUGCUGCUGCUGCUGGCUGCCAUGAUGUCCUGCUCACCAAGGGUUGUGUUGAUGCUUGGGAGCCUAAAGUUCUGCGUGCAGCAAUGGGCGCCCAUUUCCGCCUUCCCAUCUAUCCCAGUUUGGACUGGAAUGAUAUCGAAAAUCAUCUCCCUAAACCUGUGACCGUCCAUGUGGCGGACAGCAGCUGCGGGGCUGACACAAGUAGAGAAACAAAUGAUUCCCAAGUUAAUGUGUCUCACAAACCCGCCAAAGCAGGAGACUAUGGGUGGGUCAGCACAAGACCUAAUCACAAGAACAUGCGCUACGAGGAAUACAUUUCCGAUUCUGACUCUGACUCAGAUAGUGAAUUUGACGGCCUUUCACUUCCCAGAGUGGACACAAAGCUGUACCACGAGAGCUGGGCUCAGAGUCCCACUGCUCUAGUGAUAGGUGGGGAGACACAGGGUCUGAGUCUAGAAGCAGUCGAGUUGGCUGAGAAAACGGCAGGUCGCAGACUCUUCAUUCCCAUCGUUCCUAACAUGGACAGCUUGAAUUCAGCCAUGGCCGCCAGUAUCCUUCUGUUUGAGGGCAGGAAGCAACUGUUAAAACUACAGCAGACAUCUGGAAGGGAAUGGGAAACUAAGACUAAGCAGCAGUUUUCAUGAUGUUAGCUCAGUAUGUAUCAGUAUGUGAAUUGUACUGUUUAAAUUCCCAUUCUACAUGCUUUUCUGUUACACUGUUAUACAUAAUAAAAUACAGAAUUUCAA